AUGUUUUCUCAAAACAUGAUCAUUCGCGAUGGCGAGUACACCAAAACAAUCUACACGAUGAUAAAAGAGGAACGCUUUGUGGAGGCAAUAAACACCCUUAACGGGAUACCAGAAUCAUCCACCACUCGGGCCGGAUUGUCCUUGCUCGGGCAUUGCUACUAUACGACUCAGGAUUUUAUCGAAGCAGCCAAUUGUUACGAGCAUUUGAUGAGCCUCGUUCCGGAUGUACAGGAGUACCGCCUGUACUACGCUCAAUCCCUGUUUCAAGCCGGACUGUUCGAGGAGGCACAAAAGAUAAUUGCUACCGGGCUGGACUCGCCGGAACUGAAAGAGAAGGUGCUGCAACUGCAGUCGGCCAUCGCGUAUGGCAACGAGGACUACACGACCGCUCAGUCGUUGCUGUUGCAACGUCAGGACGGGAAUGGCCAGGAAUCGUUUACCAAGAACGAUGAAGGUUGCCUGCUGUACCAAGCGAACAUGUUUGAGGAUGCACUGCAACGGUACGUCUCGGCAUUGCAGGCCGGUGGGUUUAAUCCCCACGUGGCCUAUAAUGCCGCCUUGUGUCACUACCGGCGCAAGGAGAACUCGCAGGCAUUGAAUUUUAUCGCCGAAAUUGUCGAACGUGGCAUUCGCAACCACCCGGAACUGGGAGUCGGAGCUCAGGCAGAAACGGAGGGUGGUGCUCGAAGUGUUGGAAAUCCUCCUGCUUUAGCUGCAUCCGGCUUGGCGCAAGCAUUCAACCUCAAGGCGGCCAUCGAGUAUCAGGAAGGCAACGUCGAAGGUGCUCGUGAGGCGUUGACCGAUUUGCCGCCACGAUCGGAACCGGAACUGGACCCUGUAACGUUGCACAACAUGGGCCUGACGGAUCCGGUUGGCGGCGGAGCCGGACUGCGUCGAUUGGCGUUCUUGCUAGAACUUGGUCCACCGACAUGUCCGCCGGAAACAUUCGCCAAUUUGCUGUUGCUAUGUUGCAAGCACGAAAUGUACGAUACAGCAGCGGAUAUACUGGCGGAACACACACAUUUGACGUACAAAUAUCUUUCGCCAUAUUUGUACGACCUGCUGGAUGCGCUGAUUACGGCACAAUCGACACCGGAAGAAGCGGAACAGAAGCUUGGUACGCUGGCCAACAGUAUCGGUGGAAGAUUACGGUCCCUAGCUGCCAAAGUACAGGAAUGCCGGUCGGCAACUGACCAGAACGCACUUCGUGUGGCGCUGCGGGAGUAUGAGGACGCACUCGAACGAUUCCUUCCAGUGGCGAUGGCACGUGCCUGGAUUCCCUGGCGGAUGGAUGAUUUCCAGGGUGCGGAGCGUGAGUUCCGCGCUAGCGCAGAAUUUUGCUCCGAAACACCCUCCUGGCGAUUACAUGCCGCCCAUGUGCUGUUCAUGCGAGGCGACCGAUACAAAGAGGCAGCGGCCUUUUACGAACCGAUUGUACGGCAGAAUUACGACGACAUUCUCUCGAUUCCGGCCUCCGUAUUGGCGAACCUGUGUGUUGCGUACAUUAUGACAUCACAGAACGAGGAGGCGGAAGAAUUGAUGCGUAAAGUGGAACGUGCGGAGGAACGUAAGGGGAACACGACUGGCCAGUGUUUACAUCUGUGCAUCGUGAAUCUGGUCAUUGGGACGCUAUACUGCGCGAAAAACAACUACGAAUUCGGCCUAUCGCGUAUCGCUCAUGCUCUCGACGGUGGGUCUGGCGCAAGGCUGUGCGCCGACACUUGGAUUCACGUGAAACGGUGCGUGCUGGGACUACUAACCGGCAUUGCCAAACAAACGAUAGUGCUGCCCUCAAUAGCGCUCCAGGAAACACUGAACUUCCUGCGGGCCUGUGAGGCCUACGGGAUGACAAUACCGGCCGUGUUGACGGGACCACUGGAGGAUUCGGUCGAUCAUUCGCCUACCAUCGGGUUGGAAUCGAGAAAGCUGCGAGCGCUACUUUUGAAGUUGAUGGAGUACAAGUAA